CAACGCCGCCAUUCCUUAAAAAAGUGUGUAUUUGACCGAACGUGUGAUUGCCGCACAUAAAUUUAUAACACACGAGUAGAAUCAAUAAAGUGCAACCAAAAAAGUAAAAUUUUUUUGGAAAUAAGGUGUACAACAUUUUUACGAUUAAUUAUAUUAAAAAACAACAAAUAAAAUAAACAAGAUGUCUAAAGCUCCUGCUAUUGGUAUUGAUUUGGGUACAACCUACUCUUGCGUAGGUGUAUUCCAACACGGUAAAGUUGAAAUUAUUGCCAACGAUCAGGGUAAUCGUACCACACCAUCAUAUGUUGCCUUCACCGACACUGAACGUCUUAUUGGAGAUGCAGCCAAAAAUCAAGUCGCUAUGAAUCCCACAAAUACCAUCUUCGAUGCUAAGCGUUUGAUUGGUCGCAAAUUCGAUGAUGCCACCGUUCAAGCUGAUAUGAAACAUUGGCCCUUCGAUGUUGUCAGCGUUGACGGUAAACCAAAGAUCCAAGUUUGCUAUAAGGAUGAGAAGAAAACUUUCUUCCCCGAAGAAAUUUCUUCGAUGGUUUUGUCUAAAAUGAAGGAAACCGCCGAAGCUUACUUGGGCAAACCAGUUACAAAUGCUGUCAUCACUGUGCCAGCCUAUUUCAAUGACUCUCAGCGUCAAGCCACUAAGGAUGCUGGUACCAUUGCUGGUUUGAAUGUUUUGCGUAUCAUCAAUGAACCUACCGCUGCUGCCAUCGCUUACGGUCUCGACAAAAAGGCCGCUGGCGAACGUAAUGUUCUCAUUUUCGAUUUGGGCGGUGGUACUUUUGAUGUAUCCAUCCUCUCCAUUGACGACGGCAUCUUCGAGGUCAAGUCCACUGCUGGUGACACCCAUUUGGGUGGUGAAGAUUUUGAUAACCGCCUAGUCACCCACUUUGUCCAGGAAUUCAAGCGUAAGCAUAAGAAGGAUCUUACCACCAACAAGCGUGCUUUGCGUCGUCUUCGUACCGCUUGCGAACGUGCAAAGCGUACCUUGUCCUCCUCCACCCAGGCUAGCAUUGAAAUCGAUUCCUUGUUCGAAGGUACCGAUUUCUAUACCUCCAUCACUCGUGCCCGUUUCGAGGAGUUGAACGCUGAUUUGUUCCGCAGCACCAUGGACCCCGUCGAGAAGGCUUUGCGCGAUGCUAAGCUCGACAAGGCUCAAAUCCACGACAUUGUCUUGGUCGGUGGUUCCACUCGUAUCCCCAAGGUACAAAAAUUGUUGCAAGAUUUCUUCAACGGUAAGGAAUUGAACAAGUCCAUCAACCCCGAUGAGGCCGUCGCCUACGGUGCUGCUGUACAAGCCGCCAUCUUGCACGGUGACAAGUCCCAAGAAGUCCAAGACUUGUUGUUGCUCGAUGUUACUCCCUUGUCUUUGGGUAUCGAAACCGCUGGCGGUGUCAUGAGCGUUCUCAUCAAGCGUAACACCACCAUCCCCACCAAGCAAACCCAGACCUUCACCACUUACUCCGACAACCAACCCGGUGUAUUGAUCCAGGUCUACGAAGGUGAACGUGCUAUGACCAAGGACAACAACUUGUUGGGCAAAUUCGAAUUGUCUGGCAUUCCCCCAGCACCACGUGGUGUUCCCCAAAUCGAAGUCACCUUCGAUAUCGAUGCCAACGGUAUCUUGAACGUCACCGCCUUGGAACGUUCCACCAACAAGGAAAACAAGAUCACCAUCACCAACGACAAGGGUCGCUUGUCCAAGGAAGACAUCGAACGCAUGGUCAACGAGGCUGAGAAAUACCGCAACGAAGAUGAAAAGCAAAAGGAAACCAUUGCCGCUAAGAACUCUUUGGAAUCGUACUGCUUCAACAUGAAGGCCACUUUGGACGAAGACAACUUGAAGAGCAAGAUCUCCGAGUCUGACCGCAACACCAUCAUGGAGAAAUGCAACGAAACCAUCAAAUGGUUGGAUGCCAAUCAAUUGGCCGAUAAGGAAGAAUACGAACACCGUCAAAAGGAAUUGGAAGGUGUUUGCAAUCCCAUCAUCACCAAAUUGUACCAAGGUGCUGGUGGUGCUCCCGGUGGCAUGCCUGGCGGUAUGCCCGGUGGCUUCCCAGGCGCUGGUGGUGCCGCCGGUGCUGGAGCUGGUUCCGGUGCUGGUCCCACCAUCGAAGAAGUCGAUUAAAUACCAAAUCGACAUUAUUGAUAUUGAUGAAGAUGAAAAAUAUUCCAACAACACCCUCUACUUUUUUCCUUUCAUCAUUAUUAUUAUUAUUAUAAUUAUUGCUAAACAUCCAAAAAACAACAUAUAUUCCAAAAAAUAUACUGCUGCUUGGAUUUUUAAAUUAAACCUUUAAAAACCCUACAACAACAAGAACAACUGCUCUUCGUAUUAUAUUAUCUCAUCCAUCUUAAUAAAACAAAAGAUAACAUAACAUCCCCCUCAACAACAAAAACAUAAA